UCAUCCUUUCCUGGCACACGCUCUACAUCACUGGGGGGCCAUGAAAGAAUCUCAGGAUCCAUUUCCUCUAGGAAAUUGAGAGUAACUCUGUUAAGCAGCGAAUGGAGUUCAACAAAAGGAGGCUUGUCAACUAUCAACCGAGAACUGGCCAUUCAGUUGGCAAAACAUCCCAGCGUGGAGGUCAGUGUUUAUCUCCCUCAGUGCAGAGAAGAGGAUAAACGAGUCGCUGCAAUACACAAUGUCGAUCUCAUUGAAGCAGAAGAAAUCCCUGGUUUUGACAACCCAGUAGACUGGUUGUCCUUUCUACCAGAAGACCAUUCCGUGGAUUGUGUGAUAGGACAUGGGGCUGUGCUUGGUCGUCAAGUGCAGGAUAUAAAACGUCAGUGUAAGUGCAAGUGGAUUCAGGUCGUUCAUACAGCUCCUGAAGAGCUUGGUAUGUACAAGUCCUAUGCAGAUCCCAUUUCUAGAGGCACGAAAAAGUACCAGGCUGAGGUUAAACUCUGUGAAAGAGCUGAUCAAGUUGUAGCAGUUGGACCCAAGCUGGCUGAAGCUUUCUCAGGUUAUCUCCGUGCCUGUGGAAAGGAUCAAAAUGUUCUUAAUCUUACCCCAGGAAUCUUCUCUGAGUUUGCUGAUGUAAAGCGAGCCACUGGAGAAAGAAAAACAUUUAGUGUUUUAGUUUUUGGACGUGGUGAAAAUGAAGACUUUCAGCUGAAAGGAUAUGACAUCGCUGCUCGCGCUAUUGCUGAGUUGAAAGACGAGCCAGAGCCCUAUAAGCUCUUGUUUGUUGGAGCUCCAAGUGGCGAAGAGGAGAAAGUAAAAGAUUUGUUACUCAAGCAAGGCAUUGAUCGCAGUCAACUAACUGUGCGCUGUUUUGAUGAAAGCAGAGAGCAACUAGACCGGUUGUUUUGCGAGGCAGAUCUUGCUAUAAUGCCAUCACGAACUGAGGAAUUCGGUCUAGUUGCCCUUGAGGCUUUAUCUGCUGGUCUGCCUGUGCUGGUCAGUGGGAACUCUGGUCUUGGCGAGGCUUUGAAGAAAGUUCCGUUUGGCUUUGGGUUUGUUGUGGAGUCAGAAGAUCCUAGAGAUUGGGCCCAGACAAUCAAAAGUGUCCGUCACAAAGACAGAGAGAUACGACUUAGAGAGCGUGAAGUUGUAUGUGCAGCAUAUGCAGAAAAGUACAGCUGGAAGGAACAGUGUUACAAACUUGUUGAAAUGAUGAAAAGUAUUACUUUAGAAGGUAAGUUU